UGAGUCCUGCGGUUAAACGGGUAAACAGCACUGCACUGUUCAACUCCUCACUCAUUCAGCCCCCAAAAGUGGGGACUGUUUGAUGCAACUGGCAACCCGAGCAGCAGCCGGAAAAGCGUGGUGUAUGUCAGUCCUGUUCAAGGAUGUUUAGGAGUUCUCAGUUUGUGACUUCAUCAUGCCUCCUGGGGACGCAUAGGUCACUGCUUGUGACAGUAAAAGACUCACAAAAGCCAACUCUCAGGACGUUGUGCAAUAGCUCUCUCUCACAGUUUUGCCCUGUUAGUAGAGAGAAAGGACAUCAGUGGAAACAGCAUCAUAAGCAUGAGUCAUGGAACAGUGUUUGUAUUUCACAAAAAAUUCUUCACAAGUCUUUCUCCUGUCUUGUUAACACAAGCUGCUCUGUUAAACCUUCAGCCUUUUACUGUAAUGUGAUUCAUCAGGCAAAUGUGCUUAAAGGAGUCAGUUCUGACAUCCUAGCACAUUGUCUCAGAAACUCUGUUCCUAACAAGUGCCUUCUACCUGAAAACCAAACAGACAAACACAGAAGCUUAAUGGGUAAGUGGACAACACACCUAAACACCAGUAUCAAAAGUCAGAAGAGUUACCACACUGUUAUAGAGGCCACAUCCUGUAAAGACAAUUUCAGUAGGGCGUAUGAAUUAAGCAGAAGGCUCUGGAAUUCAAGCCCAUCAGAACGAAGCCAUUGUGGACUUCUGACAACCCACAUCCGUGGUUUGCACAAGAGAGUCCCACACCAGGCCACUCUAGAAGAGUGUCUAUCAGCAGAGAACGAGGCCCGCUGUAGAGGCCACCUGCAGCCCAACACUGCACUGUAUGAGAAGGAGAAGGGGAAAAUCUGGGCAGCUGUGCUGGUUUCUUUAUGCACAGUUGGAGGAGAUCCUUCUUUCCUCUUCACUCUGAGAUCCAGUAAACUGAGGGGAAGACACAAAGGAGAUGUCAGUUUUGCAGGAGGGAAGCGAGACCCCUCUGACAGUAAUGUUGUAGACACAGCACUGCGGGAAGCCAGGGAGGAACUGGGGAUUGCUGUGACUGAAAAUAAAGUGUGGGGGGUGCUGAAGCCACUGAGCGAUCGAUCAGGAAUGAUGGUAGCCCCUGUGUUAGCCCACCUUGGACCACUGGAGGCUCUAACAUUCCAGCCCAACCCAAGUGAGGUGGAGGAGAUCUUUACGCUGAGUGUAGCUCAUGUAUGCAACCCACAGAACCGAGGCUACACUCAUUUUCGCACUGGGGACCGUUAUGGCUACACUCUUCCUGUGUUUCACAAUGCUAAGUACAGAAUCUGGGGCCUGACUGCAGUAGCCUUGGACCACACACUUAAACUCAUUAUCCCGGUUUAGCAGCUCAACAGCCUGAUUCAACAACAUUCUACUCUGUGAAAGAGAUUUGGUUCAUUUACUUUGCUUUCGUGCAGAGGUAAUGGCCCCACUUCAGAAUGAAAUGAAUGAUGUUUUAGAAAUAACAGCCAGGACUGGUUCUCAACAUCACUGUUUGCAUCUGCUGAUGCAAACGUAAUUGACAGAAUAACAAUGCAAUGUUUAAAAAUAUUAGUGGUAUGUAUUGACAAUGGAAUGAAUUUUACUGAAAUAUCUUUAUUUGGAAAGCACUUAAUCAUGUCACACUACUACCAAGACAUGGCUUUGUACCUGACAAUGCAAUAAAGUUAUAUUUAAGAGAUAAAUUGCUACUUUAAUUUCAA